UUUGAUGGUAAACACGGUAACACGCAGGUCUUUGACACCCAAUCUAUUUCGCGUGCAUUGAAACGUUUCGGAUGCAAUUGCUAGUUCAAAUUUGCACAGGACAUUGAGAUAUCCCAAGACGCUAUGUCGGGGAAAUCUGAGGGUGGAAGACAUCACCGUGGCUUGAAGAAAUCGUCUCGCAAGAGUAAAAAUCCGAAAAAACGCAGACACACCCUAUCGACGGAGGCGCAGUCUGUAUUGUCAACCCUUUUGGAGGAUGUUAUCGAGAAGACCUUGGAGGACGCACGAAAAAUGGCUGAGAAAACGGGAAAGGCUCGAGUGUCUAUUAAAGACGUAGAGAUUGCCCUGAGGAAGUUGUGCCAGGGAUUUCGCUGUACGUCUUCCACCACUAAUGGAUUUGACUGUCUCCAGGUCGCCGAUCACCCCCUGCACCCCUGACUUCAUCGCAAUCCCAUGUGCCGAGCCGCACUGAUGCCACCCAAUUCAAUUUAAAUAAAUAAAUAUUUCAAGU